GGUGAUGUAGAUAAGAUGACAUAUUUUAAGAGAGCAACAUGAUUUUCUUGUGUUAUUAAGAAAAGCAUAAGAAAUGUUGUGUUGUAGCGAGUGAUGUCUAUCUAAGAAACAAGAGAGCAAUCCUAUUGUGGAACACAAAGAAGAGAAGGAAGGUUUUGGAAACAGAAUAGAACAAACAUGAGCAGCUUAGUAAACUGCAGUAACUUUGUUCUUCUUCACCGUUGUCUCCCUACUUCAACUACCUCCAUGGGCAUGGCAAUGCGCUCUACCUUCAACUCUCCCCGCUUCUCUCUUCACAUUUCCAAUCUUUCUCUUUCCCCUCAAUCACAAGAACAAGUCAUUCAGACACCUCCACGUGUUGGCUUUUUGGGUCUCGGAAUCAUGGGCUCCCCUAUGGCACAAAAUCUCAUCAAAGCUGGAGUUGAUCUAACGGUAUGGAAUAGGACCAAGAGCAAGUGUGAACCUCUGAUCAGCUUGGGAGCCAAAUAUAAAUCAUCUCCUGAGGAAGUAGCGGCGUCUUGCGAUGUCACAUUUGCCAUGCUUGCUGAUCCUCAAAGUGCGGUGGAUGUUGCUUGUGGGAAGCAUGGAGUUGCAAAUGGAAUGGGUCCAGGAAAAGGAUACGUGGAUGUAUCAACUGUUGAUGGGGACACUUCUAAAUUGAUUAAGGACACAAAAUCCACCGGAGCAUUAUUUUUGGAGGCUCCAGUUUCAGGUUCCAAAAAGCCAGCAGAAGAUGGACAAUUGAUAUUUCUUACAGCAGGGGACAGGAGUCUUUAUGAAACGGUUGCUCCUUUCUUCGACAUCAUGGGGAAAUCCAAAUUUUACCUUGGUGAUGUUGGAAAUGGAGCUGCAAUGAAACUUGUUGUGAAUAUGGUCAUGGGCAGUAUGAUGGCAUCCUUUUCUGAAGGUUUGCUUCUCAGUGAGAAAGUUGGGCUGGACCCAGAAGUACUAGUGGAGGUAAUUUCACAAGGUGCCAUUAGUGCUCCAAUGUACUCAAUGAAAGGCCCAUCCAUGAUACAAUCACUUAACCCAGCUGCAUUUCCCCUAAAGCAAUCACUUUACCCAACUGCAUUUCCCCUAAAGCAUCAGCAGAAGGAUCUAAGACUUGCACUAGGGUUAGCAGAUUCGGUUUCCCAACCUACUCCGAUCGCAGCAGCUGCUAACGAAUUAUAUAAAGUUGCGAAAUCACAUGGAUUUAGUGACGAUGACUUUUCAGCUGUCAUUGAAGCAUUAAAAUCUAAAUUGCCGCACUCAGAAAACCGGUGAUGUUCUUAUGAGAGACAUGUUCAAGUUGAGUUGAAAACAAGUUGAGACUGGUCAAUUUUAAUGCAAUUCCCAAGAUGAAGAAUAUAUAUAC